AUGGACGGUACACAAACUACGAGCACGAAACCUUCCACCCCUGUUUUCACUGAAAAAGUAAGUGCUACGACCGCAAGCGAGAGCAGUGCUGCGUCUUGCAAAGCGACAGAGGCUACCACGGAUGGUAAAGAAACAACGAGCACGAAACUGUCCACUGCUGCUUUCACUGAAGAAGUAAGUGCUGCGACUGCAAGCGAUAGCAGUGCUCCGUCUUCUAAAGUGACAGAGGCUACCACGGACGGUAAAGAAACCACGAGCAUGAAACCGUCCACCCCUGUUUUCACUGAAGAAGUAAGUGCUGCGACCGCAAGCGAGAGCAGUGCUGCGUCUUCCAAAGCGACAGAGGCUACCACGGAUGGUAAAGAAACAACGAGCACGAAACUGUCCACUGCUGUUUUCACUGAAAAAGUAAGUGCUGCGACCGCAAGCGAUAGCAGUGCUCCGUCUUCUAAAGUGACAGAGGCUACCACGGAUGGUAAAGAAACCACCAGCACGAAACCGUCCACCCCUGUUUUCACUGAAGAAGUAAGUGCUGCGACCGCAAGUCAGAGCAGUGCUGCGUCUUCCAAAGCGACAGAGGCUACCACUGACGGUAAAGAAACCACCAGCAUGAAACCGUCCACCGCUGUUUUCACUGAAGAAGUAAGUGCUGCGACCGCAAGUCAGAGCAGUGCUGCGUCUUCCAAAGCGACAGAGGCUACCACGGACGGUAAAGAAACCACCAGCAUGAAACCGUCCACCGCUGUUUUCACUGAAGAAGUAAGUGCUGCGACCGCAAGUCAGAGCAGUGCUGCGUCUUCCAAAGCGACAGAGGCUACCACGGAUGGUAAAGAAACCACCAGCAUGAAACCGUCCACCGCUGUUUUCACUGAAGAAGUAAGUGCUGCGACCGCAAGUCAGAGCAGUGCUGCGUCUUCCAAAGCGACAGAGGCUACCACGGACGGUAAAGAAACCACCAGCAUGAAACCGUCCACCGCUGUUUUCACUGAAGAAGUAAGUGCUGCGACCGCAAGUCAGAGCAGUGCUGCGUCUUCCAAAGCGACAGAGGCUACCACGGAUGGUAAAGGAACCACCAGCAUGAAACCGUCCACCGCUGUUUUCACUGAAGAAGUAGGUGCUGCGACCGCAAGUCAGAGCAGUGCUGCGUCUUCCAAAGCGACAGAGGCUACCACGGACGGUAAAGAAACCACCAGCAUGAAACCGUCCACCGCUGUUUUCACUGAAGAAGUAAGUGCUGCGACCGCAAGUCAGAGCAGUGCUGCGUCUUCCAAAGCGACAGAGGCUACCACGGAUGGUAAAGAAACCACCAGCACGAAACCGUCCACCCCUGUUUUCACUGAAGAAGUAAGUGCUGCGACCGCAAGUCAGAGCAGUGCUGCGUCUUCCAAAGCGACAGAGGCUACCACGGAUGGUAAAGAAACCACCAGCACGAAACCGUCCACCCCUGUUUUCACUGAAGAAGUAAGUGCUGCGACCGCAAGUCAGAGCAGUGCUGCGUCUUCCAAAGCGACAGAGGCUACCACGGACGGUAAAGAAACCACCAGCAUGAAACCGUCCACCGCUGUUUUCACUGAAGAAGUAAGUGCUGCGACCGCAAGUCAGAGCAGUGCUGCGUCUUCCAAAGCGACAGAGGCUACCACGGAUGGUAAAGAAACCACCAGCUCGAAACCGUCCACCCCUGUUUUCACUGGAGAAGUAAGUGCUGCGACCGCAAGUCAGAGCAGUGCUGCGUCUUCCAAAGCGACAGAGGCUACCACGGACGGUAAAGAAACCACCAGCAUGAAACCGUCCACCGCUGUUUUCACUGAAGAAGUGCUGCGACCGCAAGUCAGAGCAGUGCUGCGUCUUCCAAAGCGACAGAGGCUACCACGGAUGGUAAAGAAACCACCAGCACGAAACCGUCCACCCCUGUUUUCACUGAAGAAGUAA